AUGAGCUCAUUCAACGACACCCCGAACUUCGACAAUCCCCUCCUACAAAACCUAAUGGGCCGUUAUCAGAUCCGGCCACCCAACUACUCCCAACGCCCUUUCCUCGCCAAAUCCCUCGAGGACCUCAUCUUCGACGUUGUCAAAGAUCUCUCCAAUGAUGACGACAACCCCAUGGAUCCCAACGACACCAAGCUUCGCAAAGAGGAGGCCAAUCUCGAUAAGGACAUCAUCCGGGUCAUUCUAUCAGGGAAGAUUGAUUCUUUGAAGCCCAACUCUGAUUAG